UGCGAGUACAUGUAGGAAUUAGACAUUUUGGGUAUAUGUGUUUUUCGUAGUGUGUGAUUUUCCUAUGAUUGGGCAUGUCCCCUUUGGAUUCCCCACUCUCUCCAUGUUUAACACGCUCAGCUUUUUCUCUCAACAGUUUACACAGACGUUUCAGACAAAACCCAGAAAGGUUUCACUCCAUGAUAGUCUCUGAACCUCACUUUUUCGAUCAGAAAGACCAAAAAGGGGCCGCCAUGUGAAAGAUAAAGCCGAGCCCAAAAAAAACAGCAUAUUUAAGAAACCCAUGGAGAGCAAUGGUGACAGCGGAUAAAGUGACUUUGGUUAAGCUGUGGAAACUCUAGUAUUCCGCUCUUGAUUUCUCAUCUCUUGCCGGGGUUUAUUAUAAGCUCCAAAAUGACCCUUCAUUUUCACUACAAUAACAAGCCAUAAUUUCUUCCCCCUAGUGUUUGUCUCUUGCUGCAACCAGGGACGACCCAUAUCUCGUCUCUGUCACCACUUGGUGUAGCUUUCAACAACGGCUACCCAUUUCAGCCCAUAACCUUGAUUUGCACUAUAUCUAUAGGUCCAAUAUAUAUAUUUUUCUCAAUUUCAUCGUUCCCUGUUCUUGUUGGAAGAUUGGUCCCUUGUAUUCUCAUCACGGAUCCUCACUUUUCUGCUCUUUAAGAGGAAUGUUAUGUUGAUGAAUUGUUGUUCUCUUCUGCAAUUAAUGGUCAUACUACCCUUUGUCUUUCAAUGACUGCUUUUUUCAUCGUGAGUUCUUCUUGGAGAAUCCUAUUCUAAGUAUACCAGAUUCUUUGAUGGCUUCAAUUCUUCGGUUUCGAAAGCUAUGCUAUUUAGAUCCUGUGAAAUUUCAAUCAUAUGAAUUCCCCAGAAUCAAUAAGCAAGAAGAAGAUAAUGCUAUUCCUGCAGCCAAGUUAGCUGCAGAAAUUCCUAAGAAAAAGACUAACAGACAACUCAAGGAGCGGAGGUCCAUAGACUAUUGUUGUCGGUUCAUUGGCUAUAUUUGCACUACUUGGUGGCUUCUAUUGUUUCUGUACCAAUGUUUUCCAGCGACAUUGCCUGGCUUUCUGGUCCCUGAAGCACCCGGGGCAAGGCUUAGACGAGAAGGCAUUACGGCUCUUCACCCUGUUGUCAUGGUGCCUGGCAUGGUAACAGGUGGACUAGAGCUAUGGGAGGGCAAGCCUUGCGCUGAAGGUCUCUUUCGCAAGCGGAUUUGGGGUGGUAGCUUCACUGAAAUCUUCAGAAGGCCAUUGUGUUUGUUGGAGCAUCUAUCCUUGGACAAUGAGACAGGCCUUGAUCCCCCAGGCAUUAGAGUCCGUCCAGUUCCAGGGCUUGUAUCAGCCGACUACUUUGCUCCUGGAUAUUUUGUUUGGGCUGUUCUCAUCGAGAAUUUAGCCAAAAUUGGUUAUGAGGGGAAGAAUAUGCAUAUGGCUGCCUAUGAUUGGAGACUAUCUUUCCAGAAUACAGAGACUCGCGACCGAACACUUAGUAGAUUGAAGAGUAAAAUUGAGUUUAUGUAUGAAUCCAACGGCUAUAAGAAAGUGGUGGUGCUGCCCCAUUCCAUGGGGGUUAUCUAUUUCCUCCACUUCCUUAAAUGGGUUGAAACACCUUCUCCCAUGGGAGGUGGUGGUGGAUUGGGCUGGUGUGCCAAGCACAUCAAAGCAAUCAUGAAUAUUGGUCCGGCAUUUCUUGGGGUUCCAAAGGCUGUUAGUAAAAUGUUCUCCGCUGAGGGAGGGGACCUCGCGUUGGUCAGAGCUAUGGCUCCUGCUCUUUUGGAUUCUGAGCUUCUUGGGCUUCAGACCUUUGUACAUUUCCUGCGAGUGUCUCGAACGUGGGACUCAAUCAUGUCACUGAUGCCUAAAGGUGGAGAGACUAUCUGGGGUGACAAGGAUUGGGCUCCAGACGAAGGAAACACUUGCCCUUUGACAAAGAUUAGACACCAGCAGCCCUCCACGAGUGGCAAUGAUACCAACAACAUAAAAAAGAAUGGCUUUGGGCUUAAAGUUCAAGACAAUUAUGGAAGGAUAAUCUCUUUUGGCAAGGAAGCAUCGCAAUUACCUUCUACACAGCUUCCGGCCUUCAAUUCAAAGGAACUUUUGCACAAAGGUACUUCUAAGUCUCUCAAUCCACGGUGUGGAGAAGUUUGGACUGAAUACGAUGAGGUGAGCAGGGAAAGCAUCAAAAAGGUUGCUGAGAAUAAGGUUUACACAGCUAAAACUUUGGUUGAUUUACUACAGUUCGUAGCACCAAAAACAAUGCAGCGAGCAGCAGUUCAAUUCUCUCAUGGCAUAGCUGAUGAUCUUAACGAUCCUAAAUACAAUCAUUACAAAUACUGGUCCAAUCCACUAGAGACCAAGCUACCUGAUGCUCCUGAUAUGGAGAUAUACAGCUUAUAUGGAGUUGGAAUACCCACAGAGAGAUCAUAUGUCUACAAAUCGUCACCCAAUAUCGAUAAGUGCAAAAACGUACCAUUCCAGAUCGAUAGUUCAGCCGAUGGAGAUGAUCAAGAAAGCUGCUUGAGGGGUGGAGUGUACUUUGUUGAUGGUGAUGAAAGUGUGCCUGUUAUCAGCGCUGGUUUCAUGUGUGCAAAAGGAUGGAGGGGGAAAACCCGGUUCAAUCCAUCCGGCAUUGCAACUUACGUAAGAGAAUACAAGCACAAGCCUCCGACUAGCCUGCUUGAAGGAAGGGGACUUGAGAGUGGCGGACAUGUUGACAUUAUGGGAAAUGUUGGCUUGAUAGAGGAUGUGUUGAGAGUUGCUGCUGGAGCUACUGGUGCUGAGAUGGGGGGUGAUAGGAUUCAUUCGGAUAUCUUGAGAAUGUCUGAGAGAAUAAAUCUUCGGCUUUGACAACUUUUUGGUUAGGAUGAUAGAGGCUUAUGAGUUAUUAUGGCAAGGCAGAGUGAGGACUAACAGUAAGUGAAAAUGCAGCAUUUUGAGACCUGUUGGAUAACCAUAUUGAUCGUCACAACCACCAGAAAAACCUGGGAAAAUAACAAAAAGCUAAUAUGGGUGUGAAGUGUACAAAAAUAAGAAUCGACUCCGACGAAUAAACUGCUGAAAAUUGUCAAAUGUUUUACCAUUAAUUUAUUUUUCUCUAAUAUGCAGUUCUCAGUUCCUGUAUUCUAGUUGUAAUAACAGUUAUAAUGCAGUGGCAAUUUUCUCAUUUUUGCAAAAUUUCACUGCUUGAGCUCAUUGAUGUGGGCCAAGGCCCAUUUGCUAAACAAUAUGCAGAACCAAUACUUUUCGGCUGAAAGUCCAAUCCAAUACAGUAGGUUGAGCCCAACAAUAAUCAUCUUCCUAGGGUUUUGAUGCAGUUAGCAUUUGUUGCAAAAACCAGUGGGUACUCAGUAACCUGACAAACGUGACUAAAUAACCUAGACAAAGUUAGAUGCGGCAGAAACAGUGCAAAAAAAACAAAAGCAAAGGUAAUACAUGUGUAAAAAAAUAAAAAA